UGGCAGGGGGGUGCGUGACGUCACGAAUGUGCGAAGGAGCAACAUGGCGGCAGAUUACUGGGAGCAGGAAAAAUCCCACACACAGUCACGCUGAACCGAGCCAAAGACAAGCAGGGCGACGCCGGGACCGGGCCUCCCGGUGCGUCGUCCACGCUGGCUGCCCCGCCCCCCUCAGCUUCACGACCCCCCCUCAUGGAGAGGAUGAGGAAGAUCAAGCGGCAGUUGUCGCUCACCUUGGGGAGGGGAGGGGCUGGGGGAGGAGAGCGCACACUGAGCGACCACCAGGACAUUACAUCACACAGCGACUCAGAGGCUGGCUCGCUUCGUCCCUCAUCGGGGGGAGUGAAGGUCAGAGGGUCAUCUUCAUCAGUUCAGUCUCUUUUCCAGUCGUACAGCCGCCGGCCUCGAGGUCUCGGACGCAGUCUGAGCUCAUAUUUGAACCACAGCAGCCGGCUGGUAGAGAUCGUACAUGAGGACGUCAAGAUGAGCUCUGACGGAGAAAACGAGCCUACGUCGUCUUCCGAUGACGUCCAGAGUCCAGUUCGAGUUCGACUGAGGACCAAGAAGAUUUCCACUGAGGACAUCAACAAACGUUUGUCCUUGCCUGCGGAUCUCCGUCUUCCAGACGGCUACCUGGAGAAGUGCAAUGUGAUUGGUCCAGCUCUCUUUGAACAGCCAAUUAGCAGGCGGUUGCGUAGAGUCUCUCUGUCAGAGAUUGGCUUUGGCAAACUGGAGACGUACAUCAAACUAGACAAACUGGGAGAGGGCACCUAUGCGACCGUGUACAAAGGCCGCAGUAAACUGACAGACAACUUGGUGGCUUUGAAGGAAAUUCGUCUGGAGCAUGAAGAAGGAGCUCCGUGUACGGCUAUCAGAGAAGUGUCUCUGCUGAAGGACCUGAAGCAUGCCAACAUUGUGACGCUUCAUGACAUCAUCCACACACAGAAGUCCCUCACACUGGUCUUUGAGUACCUGGACAAAGAUUUGAAACAGUAUCUGGACGACUGCGGCAACGUCAUCCAUAUGCACAACGUCCAACUUUUCCUCUUUCAGUUACUCCGAGGUUUGGCCUACUGUCACCGCCGGAAAGUUCUCCAUCGAGACCUCAAGCCCCAAAACCUACUCAUCAACGAGCGAGGAGAACUCAAACUGGCUGACUUUGGUCUGGCCCGGGCCAAGUCGAUCCCGACCAAGACGUACUCAAACGAGGUGGUAACCCUUUGGUACCGCCCACCAGACAUUCUACUGGGCAGCACCGACUACUCCACACACAUUGACAUGUGGGGUGUAGGGUGUAUCUUGUACGAGAUGACAACAGGUCGGCCGUUGUUUCCUGGUUCCACAGUGGAGGAGGAACUCCACUUCAUCUUCAAGUUGCUGGGAACACCAACUGAAGAGAGCUGGCCAGGAAUCAGUUCCAACGAAGAAUUUGUGGCAACAAAUUAUCCUCAGUACCCCGCGGAGAACCUCGGCGAUCACACGCCCCGGCUCAGCAGCAAUGGUGUGCAGCUGCUGUCAACGUUCUUGCAGUUUGAAGGAAAGAAACGGACUUCAGCAGCUGAGGCUAUGACUCAUUGCUACUUUAGUAACCUUCGAAACAGAGUGUGCAGACUUCCUGACACGACGUCAAUCUUUUCUCUGCCGGAGAUUCAACUGGAACGAGAAGCAGUAAGAUCAGCAGAUCAAGUCAACAGUCUGAGCAGGAGACGAAGUCUUCUCUUCUGACAUGGUCAGUGAGGCAAAGGUUUGCGUGCAGACGCCAUAGUGAAUGAACGACCAAUCGUGAGACAGGACAUUGUGUCCAUGGCAACAGGUCUUCCAUAUUUCUGAACGUCACUGCUCUGAGGUCAGUUUUAACAUUCUGGUCGCCUCAUUGAUCACAUCUCACGGUUAUGGAGUGAUUAGCCACGGCUGGAGCUAAAGUGUUUGCACAGGAAGUGAUGUAUUCUUCCGGAAGCCAUGUUUUUGCGUGUGACUGUAGAGCAACGUUUGUGUUUAUUACUGUAAAUAAUCACACUACACUUGUCUGUCCUGUUGAUUAGGGACGCCUUAAAAAGCCCUCUUUGGUCCACUUUUUUUUGUCAUCACGGCAACAAAAACCUUGUUCACACCAGCAGCCACUAAUCUCCCAAAUUGUUGACUUAUCCAACUUUUUGAAUUUAAGCCACCUGAUAUAUUGCUAGAAAAAAAAAUUGCUAGUUCUUUCUAUAAUUAAUAUUAUGAUAUUAUUAAUUGAAUAAUUACUGUUCUUGCAUACAAGAACCCUUCAGACAGCCCCUAAAUUUCUCAGAACAUGAAAAUCAUAAUUCCGUAUAUUUAUUUAGUUUUUCCAUUCCACCAAGUCUUGCCCAAGCCCUUGAAAAUGUGUUCCACAACCUUUUCGAAAAAUGAAAUUAACGAUGCACGCUCUCCAAUUGCAUGUAGAAAAGUAAUAAUUGAGACUGAAUACAAUUCUACCUCGUUCCCAGGGAUCUUAAGAAAAGCCCCCUGAAAAGAUUGAUUAGGUUGUUUCACUUCUCACUUAAUUGUUAGGCAGGCGGGCACACAACAAUUUAGAUACAAAAGAUGAAAAUAUCACUUUUGACAUAAUAUGUCCCAUGUAAAACAUUGAAGAUCUCACAUGGCUGCGGUGUGAACAGGUUUUCAUUUCGAAUUGGCCAGCAGCUCUCCGUUCAAGCUUCUAGAACACGGCUGGGCAAAUUUGUUUUGUGUUCAAGGGAAAAGUGUCAAUGUAUGUGAAAUAGAUUAUUUUAAUAAGAAAAUACCCAUUCAUAUUUUUUUCAAUUUAUUAUUCAUGGUUCAUUUGAUUCUAUUGAAUUAUUUAAUGGAAUUAAAAAAAAAAAAGUGAAGUGUAUGUACAAUUAACAAAUAUUUUGUCAGCAAUAACCAUAUAAUAUAACUGAGAUUUAAAAAGAAGAAUACAUAGAUUUUAGAAAGACUUCAAUGUGUAAAACAAAUAUUUUUGGACUCUUGAAUCUUAUAAAUGUUGGGUAGGCCAAGAUGAAGAACUAUUGGUGCUGUAUAUAUUUUGCCCAUUCCUGUUCCAGAUUCUUAAUAGGGCGCCCCUAAUCAACAGAUUCAGAUACAUUUGACGCAACAGUGUGACGACAUCACACGUCUCCGAUUGGUCGGCGUCGGCAAGUCGACUCUGUCUCUGUCUCACAAACGGUCCAAUCAGCUCGCAGAAUGUCCAAUACUAACACUAGAUUGCUGUGUUUGUUUGUAUUUUUCUGAUGAUGAUUAUUUAUAUGGACUUGUAGCUCCAGGAAAUGGGACUGUGUUUAAUUGGUGCUGAUCAGAAGGAGUACUUUUGCUCAUGCUGAAAAAGAUUUGACUUCACACAAAAUGUGAAUGCAACAUGGGCUGAGCCGAAUUGAUCAUGUGACUGUUGAAUGUAGUAUUGUUGGCUGAGUUUACAUUUUCAUUUGUUAUUGAGAAAGGCAGAGAAAACCGAAUUGUUGGCAAACUUUUUUCAUUUGCACAAAAAGGGAAACCUAUUAUUUUGCAGUGUCCUGUCAUGUUUUACUCCUGUCGAGUAUUUUUGAUUUGUAUUUAAUGUUUUCGGAUUCGAUUCUGUUUUCUCUGCAUCUUCUGUAAAUGACACCAAAGCUCUCUGCAAUAUAGCGCAAUGCAUGAUGGGACUCGUCAUCGUUCUUCCAGUGUCUUCUCCUCGUGUUGUACUCGCAAUAUAUUUACACCACCAAAUAUUAAAAGUUUUUAUUUAUUCUCAA